AAAGGUGGCUGCAAACCCAAAAUGAAGUGAACAUUUCCUUUACAUACCACAUGUGAAUAAUUGCACAAGGUGAUCUGAAACCGUUCUGCGUGAGUAUGCAAAACUGGUUUCUGCUCAGCUUCAGACAGGAUGAGCUAGCAAAGGAGGUAUUUCCUGCUCAACAAAACUAGUGACAGCUGUCCUGUAAUAAGUUGAUUUAAGACUGGAUGCAUGUUUUCACUGAUGAAAUGAAAGAAGUCGUGCUCUGGUCACCCAAGGAGGUGGAAGAUUGGCUGUUGGAGAAUGCUGUGCCAGAAUACUGUGAACCGUUGGAACAUUACACGGGGCAGGACCUGAUCAGUCUAACAAAGGAGGAUUUUGAGAAGCCCCCUUUGUCACGCGUCUCUUCGGACAAUGGCCAGCGCCUGCUGUACAUGAUAGAAACUUUAAAAAUGGAGCACCACAUCGAGGCACACAAAAACGGACAUGCCAACGGGCACUUGAUUAUCAGUACAGAGGCCCCGACGAGUGAAAAUGGCUUUAGCGAGAAAACCAAACUGAAUGGGAUGCCAAAUGGUUAUAGAAAGGAAAUGAUACAUAUCCCCAUGCCAGAGCCCGAGCGUUCCCAGUAUCCCAUGGAGUGGAUGAAGACUCUUCUGGCUUUUCUUUAUGCACUUUGCUGCUUCACCUUUACCACAGUGACAAUCUCAGUGGUUCAUGAACGAGUGCCUUCCAAGGAGGUGCAGCCGCCCCUACCAGAUGCUUUUUUUGAUCACUUCGACCGGGUGCAAUGGGCCUUUUCUAUCUGUGAAAUUAAUGGAUUGAUCCUUGUAGGGCUCUGGUUUCUUCAGUGGAUGUUCUUAAAAUACAAGUCUAUUAUUGGCAGAAGAUUUUUUUGUAUAGUUGGCACGUUAUACCUGUACCGGUGUAUUACAAUGUAUGUAACUACACUUCCAGUACCUGGCAUGCAUUUCCACUGUUCUCCAAAGCUCCUUGGAGACUGGGAGUCGCACAUGAGGAGGGUAAUGAAGUUGCUUGCUGGAGGAGGGCUUUCUAUCACAGGGGCCCACGAUAUGUGUGGCGACUACCUGUACAGCGGUCACACGGUUAUGUUAACCUUGACGUAUUUAUUUAUCAAAGAGUAUUCACCUCGGCGACUCUGGUGGUAUCACUGGAUUUGCUGGAUUCUCAGCAUAGUUGGGAUGUUCUGUAUUCUGUUGGCUCAUGACCACUACACUGUGGAUGUGGUGGUGGCUUACUACAUCACUACAAGACUUUUCUGGUGGUAUCACACAAUGGCCAAUCAACAAGUACUAAAAGAAGCUUCCCAGACAAACCUUCUUGCACAGGUGUGGUGGUACAGGCCUUUCCAAUACUUUGAAAAGAAUGUUCGAGGCAUUGUACCCCGGUCUUAUCAUUGGCCGUUUCCCUGGCCGGCCCUACAACUGGGUAGACAAACGAAGUACAGCAGAUUGGUGAAUGGCACAUAACAGCUACACCCUGGGAAAUAGCAAGAGAACUGUCCCAAGGUGCUAAGAACUCCCUGAGAGAAGAUGCCAUACAAAUUGAACUGCUCCCUCUCCUUUAACCUUUUAACAAUUACCAUGACUUUAAUGAUUCUCUUACCUGGUAAGCACUGUGAUUUUUUUUCCUCCUCUCCAAAGGAUCUCCUAUGGACAACAAUAACAGAAAUGGUAACUUCUCAUGCACUGUACACAUUUAUUGUUAAUAGAUUUUGGAUUUGCAUUGCUCAUCACCAUGUUUCUUUGUAUAUGAUGCAGCAGCAUAAACAAAAGAGAAAGGCUUUUAUAUCAUAAGUUCUGGUCUUUCCAGUCUCGUCUGGGAAUAAAGCGUAUUAUUUUCUUGGGAAAACAUAAUUUUCAUAUCUCUUGCCCCAAAGAUUGGGCUGUAAGCCAUUUUCUAGCUAAUGUCUAUAUGAAGGUUUCUAAAUACCUGACUGGGAUAAUAAUACAGGAAUCUUUCUACCUGUUUUGCCGAAGUUACAAAUGAUAGACACAGAAAGGUUUGGUAAACUUUGAUUUUGUAAAUCUGCAGUGACAGUGUCAAAAAGUGCAAAAAAAUUAUUCUGUUGUAAAGUGAUUUUCUAAGUAUUUCCUAACUUUAUUUUUCAAAAUGAUAUGCGUAAAAAUAAAAUCUAAAAAGAUUUUUACAUGUCAGAGAAAAGAGUUAAAAUAAAAAAAUGCUUCUUGGGAGAGAGAUUUGUCUGUUUCUAGUGCCUUUCUUGUCUUGAUUGUAUGGUCAGUAGGCAGUCUUCAGAAGUUUUUAUUUAAAAUAAAAUAUUCCAUGAAUCCAAGAUUAUAUGUAUUGUACACAUUACUACAUUUUGAUUUUAUAUCUAAAUUGACCUGGAAAUCUGCUUGUAAUGUUGAAAUGACUGAGUUUGAAGGGAAAACCAAAUAUGAUCAAGUCUUCACACAUUUUUGGCAGGUUGGAGUGAAAUGUGCUUCUUAAGUUACUUUAUUGUCUACUCCAUACGUGAAUUUUAACUAUAGCAAGAAAACAGCCAUGAAUUCCUUCUUACAAGGCUUCUUUUUUUCCUCCAGAUGAUCAGCAAAUCAGAAAUCAAAAAGUAUAAACAAUCUCAUCCCUGAAUGAAAAUAUUGUUGAAAAACAAUUGAUUUCUUGAAAACAGAAUUGUGCAGAAACUGCAUGUAACUCUAAAAAUUUCAAUCCUGCCAUACAUAUGUUUGGGGGGUGGGGAGUAAUCUAUCCUAUACUUGCCAAUGUGCAGAACAAAUUAGUUUUCUAAGAAUGAAGAAGCAUAUAUAUAUCUAUAUAUAUAAAUAUAUAUAUAUAUCAAUUCUGUAUUUUACGUGAAGCAGAGUUAUCUUCUGUAGGGUUUUUUGUGUGUUCCAAACAAGGUGAAAUUUGUAUUGUAAAACAAUAAUGGUGAAGGAAAAUAAAAAACAGCU